GCUGUCCAACAUGAACACUUGGAGCACAACCCCAGAACUCAAGUUGGAAGCAUCGCCGGCCGAGUCUUUCCUGUCGACUCCCGGCGACAUGUACCCACCACUGUUCGGCGACGCCAAAAGCUUCUCACUUAACCCCUCGGAUCUGGCAAGUCCACCAGUGUCUCAAGAAGACCCGGUAGAACUCGAUGCCCUCAAGACAGAAUCAGCAGCGAUACGGCCCACCGAAUCAAAGCCUGCAUCCGAGGAGACUUCGCCGGCUGCGGCUUCAGAAAAGAAGACCAAAAAGCGAAAGUCCUGGGGUCAAGUUCUUCCGGAGCCAAAAACCAAUCUGCCACCAAGGAAACGUGCCAAGACAGAAGAUGAGAAAGAGCAGCGUCGUGUCGAGCGGGUUCUCCGCAACCGCCGCGCUGCUCAGUCCUCUAGGGAACGCAAGCGCCAAGAAGUAGAGGCGCUCGAGCAACGCAACGCCGCCCUCGAGCAGCAAUUACUCCACUUCCAGAAGCUCACUCAAACCAUGUACCAAGAGCUUCAGUUGAGGCGUCGGGAGGCUGGCGUUGUGACAUCCAGCGAAAAUCCCGAUGGCCUCACCUUGACGCCCGAGCUGUUCCGGUCUCAAGACGCCAUCGCCUCAUCGGCCACGUCCGUCUCGGCAACGUUGACAGACCCUGCCAACUCCCUCGAGGAAAUUUUUAGAUCCACCAACGUCCCAACCACCGUCAAUCCGGCUUCGAUCCGAUCAAGCCCUGCUCCCGAACAGCAGAACGAGACCGUUGCAUCUGGCGAGCAAGCGGCGACCUCGGCUGACAUGACACAACAUCCUGCUGAGAUGUUGUGCACCGACCUGCAGUGUCAGUCAGCCAGGGUUCCGCAAGCCUUGAGACAGAUGCCGGCUUCGAUGAUGCGUUCCGUUCAGUGGCAGCUCUCGCUGAUGGCGGCGUGCUCGGCGACGCUUCUCUCGAUGUUUCAGCGGCCGCUAUUUCAGAUAGCCAUGUCCUUGAAAGUGGGGUAUUCGAUACCCCCAGCCCCGAAGAUUCUGGAGACUAUUAUCUGGCUAGUGACCCAGCCUUCUCCCAACCGUCGGGCGCGUUCGACUUCGACAUCAACGAGUACCUCAACAACAACGAAUGGCUCGAGGGCGCAACCGCGCACCCCGCAGCCGACAGCCAACAGUUCGCCGAUGGCGUCUCGACCGGUAUCGAGUCUGCCCACGGCCUCCAGAACCCUACGACUUCGUCUUCUCCGGAAGAUCCUAACCUGCAGCCCCAGCUUGGCGCGUCCUCUAUCGGAUGCGACGCUGGCGGCAUUGCGGUUGGUGCAAUCUGAGGAGCAACGCCUUGUCGACGGGGUCAAUGGAGGUCGCGUGGACGGUCACGAUGUCGCCCGAACGUCACCUGUGGACUUGCGCACGUCGCCUGUGGGGCUCGGAGGAGAGGAGGCCGGGCUAUGGAAAAAUGCCUCGCCGCCAUCCAAAUGGGUUCUGUUGACGUUGCUCUGGGCCAUUCGGGUCGAGGAGCGAGCGAUGAAUGGCCGCGCUGACGCCAUCAACACCUCUGUCAAGAGGCCUCGUCGCAGCGUUGUGGAUCAGAUGUCCUCAUCGAAGCACGCUAGAUCUGGACUUAACCACCGCAAGAGAUUCAGAGAGGAGAGUGAGGCUGGCAACGAACAAGAUAGUCUAUAG